AUGAAGUGCGAUGAGGUCAAGCCACUCUGUGGACCAUGUAGCAAAGGCGAUCGCGAGUGCAUCUAUGGCCUGGCGACAAACGAGGAGGACGAACCACAGACUUCUCACUCCGUCUCUUCGCAAGCCAGUGUGUACGUAUCAGCACCUCAACAUAACACUCCGCAGCAGCAUCGGACGAGCUUCUCAUCCAACCCAGAUUCUAGAGCACUCCCCCAGCGGCAGUGGCCAACGACUCCGGUGACUGAAGAGCCGGUGGUGGGCGCAAGUCCGCAGAGCAACUUCAGCACUUCGACUGGAUAUGGUACCGAAGUGGCACCACUGAGAUGGUUCGGCUUGCUUGCUGGAGAUGCACAGAAUGGGGACUUGAACUUACCUGCCUUGGACAGCCUCAGUGACGUUCAACGCUAUCUUUCGCGCCACGAAACAGGCCCACCUGCACCAAGCAUUUCGAGCCCAAGGACACCACUAGGAUUCAGCGCAGACUCUCUUCAGAAUCCGUCAAGAAUGCUACAGAUAUCAGCAUUGUCACCAGCACCUCCUAAUGGCGGUCCAGUCAUUGACGAGCGGCAGUACUGGCAAGCUGCAGAACCUAUACAGCUCAAGGAUCAUGAGCAUGACAUGUAUCAACGUUUUGUGUUGGUGCUGAGUCUCUGGAUCGAUAUGUUUGAUCCUCUGAAGCACUUUUCGGCACUAGUACCACGUCUGGCGAUUCGCAACGAGGGCCUGAUGAAGGCUAUCCUGGCGCUUGGUUCCCGGCAUCUGUCCAUCAAGCCUGUGCACAGUGGGGAAGCUGUCGUCGACAGAACAGCUGCAGUGCAAUACUACUACGAGACCUUGCAGUAUCUACAGAAUGCCAUGCGCUUUACAUCGUACAAAAACAGUCCUGAACUUCUUGCAACAGUCUUGACCGUUAGCCUGUACGAGAUGAUCGACGGUGCGGGCAAGGGAUGGGAACGGCACUUGAAGGGCGUCUUCUGGAUUCAACGUAGCCGCGAUAUCAACGGCGAGUCAGGAGGUCUCGAACAAGCUAUCUGGUGGGCUUGGCUAAGACAAGACUUCUGGGCAGCAUUUCGGGAACGCAGACGAUGCUUCAGCUUCUACAAGCCAACCAAGCCAUAUCAUGUUAUGGAUGUGUGGGACAUGGCGUCCAGGGAAGUGUAUAUCCUAGCGCAGUGUGUCAACUACAGUUCCGACGAGGAAAAGCAGAAUGGAGAGCGAGAUCUUGGUGGUCGAAUAAUGCGAGCGAACACACUACUCAAUAUGCUAGACGAAUGGCGGAACAACAUUUCCAUUCAUUUCCAGCAAUUGCCUCUACCAGACUCCGCGGAUCGAGCCUUUCGACCAAUUUGGAUACAUCCACCGGCUUUGGGGACGUCUCUGCAGAUGUAUAGCAUGGCUCGCAUACUUCUGCUUAUUCAUCAACCCGCGGCUGGAGGAUAUCUGGAGUAUCUGGGACGGGACAAGAUCAUCACUGAGUGUAUAGACAUGAUCGGUGGUAUCGCACUUAAGGCAUGUGAUGAUGCUUCACGACUCAUGUCCACUCAGUGCCUUUAUGCUGCAGGCCUGUACUGUACCGACUCGGCAAAGCGGCAGUGCAUUGCUGAGCUUAUAUCAGAGUUCUCCGUCACUACUGGCUGGCCAACCAAUACUGACUUGGCAGAAGAGCUCAGGGUCGAGUGGAGCAAGCAAAAGCCUGGAUGA